GCUCAACUGGGUGGACAUGUACAUUUCUGAUAUUUACCGGAUCCCUCAUCAAUCGAACCGGCCUUUCUAACUUGAUAUAUCUGGUUGAAUUUUUGACAUCGUCAAAAUGUUAGCGGAACAUGUUGGCGUUGCCAUGGCAGAAAACACAACACGACCACCUAUGAAUGGUGAGUCCCCGAAUCCUCACGACGAGUCACAUGCUGCUAUUUUAGAGCAAACCAAACCCCCAUCAUGGGUCCCAACAAAGUGGGAACAUUUCCAGCAACAAUGUGAACGGGAUCGCAUCGAGCCGCAGCAGCAAAUCUGGCUACAGAAUUCGCAACAGACAACACCCCAGGGUCAGAGCCACGCGACUCCUGAAUGGCAGCAAUCUGAAUCUAAACGCCAGAUAUCGUCAUGGCAACCUGUGUUACCUGGUCAGGAGAAGUGGCAUCCCACCAUGGAGAAAGGGGAGCAGCCCGUGAGACACCACCGACCGGCGAGAACAGGGAGAAAGGAUUCCACUGCAAGUACGAUGUCGUGGCUAAGCACCGAAAAAAGAGCCAACAGUGGAAAGUGCUACAUUGACCCGGUAUCAAAGCGUGGUAAGACCGUACAAAUGCUCACGAUGCUUGUUAUGACAUUUAUUCCCAUAGCUGGUAUGGUGGCUUACGGUAUAUCAUACGUUGUUAACGCCAUAGCCGCUGAAAACCACCUUAAAAUUAUUGAGCGCCAGGUCGAAUCUGUGAAAGCCACAGAUGAACUGGUCCACGCGCUACAGUUGGAGAGAGCUGCCACUGUGUAUUAUCUCGCUACCAAUAGAUCUGAAUUAUGGGUUCUUUCAAAGUACUACAACGAGACAGACGCGAAGUUGUCGAAUACGGUAGACUGGCUGAAGGAUUUGGACAUUGUUAGCAUCAAAGAAUACUCGACAAAGCAGGAUUUCCACCGUCACUUGGAAUAUCAUCGAUCACAUUUGGAAGUGAACCAUACUUUCAUCUACAGGGACAUGUCAUUCUACACUGAAGCAAUUAGACUCAUGGUAGACUUUUUAAUCACUUUUACCCAGGAUGCAAAGCACGGUACAAUAUGGCGCCCCCUAGUGGCAAGUAAAAUGAUUAUAAGGGCCAAUGAAAAUAUCGGGAAGGUCCUAGCUGCAGGCAUCGAUUACUUCAUCAAAGGAGCCUUGCCUUUGGAGGAUUAUACUUUCUUUGUAAGUAAUGUUGCUUUAGCUAGAGAUAACAUAGCCACAUUCCAAAAGUACUCUGAAUCGGCUAAAAAACUUUAUGAAGAUAUCUACACGACGACAUUGUUAGAGAAGGAGGUCGAAUCAUAUUUGGAUCUGGUAAUGGCGAACAACAUCACCGAGGCUUGUUUAAGAUGCGCCGUGAGCUUUGAUGUGAACAUCUCAGAAUACUUGAACAUUUUGAAACAUAUUAAAGAAGCUGUUAAGAAAGAAAUUAUCAAUCAGGUCCAGACGGAGAUGGCAAAAGCCAAGAGUGAUGUCGCAAUUGGUGUGAUAACGUUCUGCAUCAUGUUCACCCUCUCUCCGGUCGUUGUUACCAUGGUGCACCGGCUGACAUCACGUCUCCAGGGUUACGCAAAAGAUGUCUCUCAAAAGUCAGUUGAGCUUAAAAAAGCAAAGAAUAGAUCAGACGAACUACUAUAUCAGAUGAUUCCAAAAACUGUCGCCCAUGCAUUGAAGAAUAACCUUACAGUUAAUGCAGAGUAUUUUAAUGAGGUUACCGUCUUCUUCAGUGAUAUUGUCGGGUUCACUAGUCUAAGCGCCAAUAGUACCCCCAUGCAAGUGGUUAAUUUCCUCAACGCUCUCUACAGUUUCUUUGACCUGAAGAUCCAGAAGUACGACGUUUACAAGGUGGAGACCAUCGGUGACGCUUACAUGGUAGCCAGUGGCGUUCCUGCAAGGAAUGGAAUAUAUCAUGCGCAGGAGAUUGCACUUUUGGCAUUAGAUCUCUCGGAAGGAACACAUACUUUCCAAAUUCCGCAUCUACCGGAGGAGAAACUACUUCUUCGAAUUGGACUUCACUCAGGUGCAUGUGCCGCAGGGAUUGUAGGAAGUGCUAUGCCACGAUACUGUCUUUUUGGCGAUACAGUCAAUACAGCAUCAAGGAUGGAGUCGAGCGGAUAUCCACUGAAAAUCCACAUCAGUAUUGAUUGUAAGAACGCCUUGGACAUGAUAGGGGGCUUCAUCACAGAGCUUCGAGGAAUCACAGAAAUUAAGGGCAAAGGUCCAAUGGAGACAUACUGGCUAAUAGGCAAGGUAGGUGGAACGCGGAAGAGAAGUGGUCCCCAUCAUUUGGAGGAGGACUAUGAGGGUUUAACGCCGUAUAGAGUGAUAAGUCCUAAGUCGCCUGUAUCGGGACAAAAAGUUCACGGAGUAACUGCCCACCCGGGGAAGGCUGUCUUGGAGUCUAAGAUCCAGCCAAAGGAGAAUGCUGGAGUAAAAGAUCUGCCAGGGAGAGUUCCAGAGAGGCAAGAAAAUAUGCCUCAGGGCGUAGGUGACAAAGGUCAAAUUAAUGUACCGAUGGCUGAACCCUCCUCACGGGGGUAUGAACAAGAUUAUGAAGCUUUGGCCUUCAGUCAACAAUCAAGUAAUCAGAGACAAAUGAAUGUUACUCAUUAUUAAUUAAAACAUAUCGAAUAUAUAUAUAUAUUUAUAGUGACUCGUCUGUAUCAUUGCCGAUUCAAAUUUGGGAUCCCUUGUGUCAAGUAAUAUUUGAAUAACAUUUCUGGCGUAGUAUCUUAGCGACAGGCGAUACAUUAGGACUUGUGAUCUAACACCUUGAUCACAGAAUGACACAAGCUGGAAUAUGUUUACUUUUACGGUGUCUUAAUGUUAAUUGUGUGUAUAGUUCAUGUAUUUUACUAUGUGUAAUAAAAGAUUUAUUGCCACAACUGCAUGUACAAAUAUGUAAAAUACUGUAAUUAUUUUAAUUGAUAGUUAAUGCCGCACUCACACGACUCCAUUCAAGGGCGUGAAUAAAUGCAAAGCAAGAAAGAGAGAAUGCACUUUCAGCACCAUUAUAUGAAAUCUAAACCAUUUGACAGAACUAUCGCCAAAAUGGUCGUUCAAAGAGUUCAAGAGACUCUCAAUGCUUCGUGUAUAUUUGUUUACUACUAGAGUAUAGUAUUUAAAAUUUUAUGGUUGCUACGGUAACCAAGGUGAUGACGCUAUGAUUCUGAUCAUUUUGUAAAAAGGAAGCAAGUAAUAGAUAAAAGACAGUAUCACUAUAGCCACAUUUUCCGCAUUAACUGUCAAUCUAAAUUCUGACAAUAUGGUCUUGAAAUUUCAUAUGCUUGUACGAAAGGUGAUACUAUAUCUGUCAUAAAUUUCAUGUAAAA